AUGGCAGCCCGGAAUCCUUACGUGGUCCCUGCUCUCACCAAGCACACUGCGACCGUUAUCAUGGCCCACGGGCUGGGCGAUUCGAUGUCUCUGGCCCAAAAUUGGCGUCGGCGCGGCAAAUUCAACGAGGUCGCCUUCAUUUUCCCUAAUGCGCCCAGCAUUCCCAUUACAGUGAACUUUGGCAUGUCCAUGCCCGGAUGGUACGAUAUUGCCAAUUUAGGCCGCGACCUCGACUUCCAAAAAAACGCUCGCAGCCAAGAUGAACCCGGUAUCCUACGAUCGCGCGAAUAUUUCAACUCGUUGAUCAAGCAGGAAAUGGACAAGGGCAUCAAGCCGUCUCGCAUCGUCCUGGGCGGGUUUUCCCAAGGAGGUGCCAUGUCUGUCUUCACCGGUGUUACCGGUACGGAGAAAAUCGGCGGGGUGUUUGGUCUCUCAUGCUAUCUCCUGUUGAGCGACCGGAUCAAGACCUUUGUCCCGGAGAACUGGCCCAACAAAAACACGCCGUUCUUCUUGGCGCACGGUGAGGAUGACGAGGUCGUCAACUUUGCGUAUGGCGAACGCUCAGCAGAGAUGCUCAAGGAAAUUGGCCUCGAGGACGUCUCGUUUAACAAGUAUCCCGACCUGGGACACUCUGCGGACCCCGACGAGAUUGCCGACCUUGAGAAAUUCCUGGAGAAGACCAUUCCCCCCGAGGGCGAUGGGCAGGCGACGGCUGGACUAUGA